CCGUUCUCUCCACCUCAUCUAGGCUAAUAUCAACCUCACUCACAUACACCCCAACUCAACUCGACACAUACUUCCCUCCAUCACAACACGAGGCUUCAAUUCUAGUCUCUCAACAUGCGACACCAUAUCCUCCCCCUCCUCCUCCUUCCUCUCACCUUCUCCCUCCCCCUCACAACAGCCACCAUCACCGCCCAAAUCCGUCCCUCCUUCCAUACCACCUGUCCAUCUACCUCCACUACCUCCACCACCACCACCACCACCGAUACCUCCUCCUCCGACACAUCGACAACCCUCCACCCCCGCACCCACCACAUCCCCAUCGCCAAACCCAUCCCCCUCCCUCACCACCCACACCCACACCCACCGGGUACAAUCCCCCUCCACCCAAAUACCUGCCAAUCCAUCCCCAUCCCAGAUACCUCCUCCCCAACCACCACCACCACGCAUGUGUCUUUCGAUACCCAGAUCCAGGGGUCAGGAACGGGAACAGGAUCAGGCACAGGAGGGGUUGAAUACUGCAAUGUCACGCUACAUGAAUACCCAGGAUGCGUGGAUACACCCUUCCUGGUGAGUCGGGUGGAUGGGGAGGAGGGUAGGGGGUGGGUGGGGAGUGGGUGUGCUGCGAGGGGUGCAUCCUCUGGGACUGGGGCGGGGGUUGGGAAUGGGAAUGGGGGCGUGUGGGUGUUGUUGGAGUGUGAGGAUUUGCCUGGUGGUGCUGGUGGGAAGGAUAAAGAUACUGAGAGUGAGAGUGAGGCUUCGAAGGGAGGGAUCAUUCACGGCGGUGAAGAGAGUCAGAACGGGGAUGAUACUACUGGCAAGACACAAGAGCAGGAUGACAACAAGGUAACUCCGCUUGGCUCCAUACACGGGGGCCUGCUGAACUCGACGGCGCUGCACGGGGCGAAUUGGAAUGCCACGAUGGGGAAGAUGAAUAUGACGGCGCCGGUGAUGCGGAGGAUGUUGGGAAGACGGGAUUGGCGGAGGCGGUUUUUGAGGUAUUGAAUGGUGAUACAUGAUGGGGUGAGGGGAUGGGAUGCGAUGGGUAAUGUCUUAUGAGUCCUGAUUGAUGCUUAUGGUUCAUGUCUUGUUUCGAUGUGUCGUGAUUUGAAAAGUGGGCUACUUGUAGAAUGAAUCAGAAUGAUGAUAUACAAGCUUGGUCGGGUAUGGAUCAUAUUGCAUAAUAUUAUACAAGAAGCUAG